ACGCCCGGACAGGAACCGGGCGGCACGUACGUCACGCGCCACGUCAAGAGCUCCCCCACUUUCUCGCAGUUCGAUCCCCAGUCCCCGCUCUAACUCCAACGAACACCACUCCGGAAGCGAGCAGCGCACCACCUCGAUGCAUCCGCUCCGCCGUCUCCUCCUCCUCCUCCUCUUCGUUGGCCUCCUCCACGCCGCCGCAUGGGCCCUGGCGCCGCCCCGCUUCCCGGGGCCCCGCACCCACGCGCGGCGGCCGCGGCCGCCGAUGGGAGCUAACGGAGUGGGGGACUACGAGUACGAGACGCGGUACUUCCGGCAGCGGCUGGACCACUUCAGCUUCCUCGGGGUCGGGGAGGAGGACGAGGAGGCGUUCUUCCAGCAGCGGUACCUGGUGGGCCGCGGCGGCGGGUGGGCCGGCCCCGGCGGGCCCAUCUUCUUCUACUGCGGCAACGAGGGCGACAUCGCCUGGUUCGCCGCCAACUCUGGCCUCGUCUGGGAGGCCGCCCCGCGCUUCGCCGCCCUCGUAGUCUUCGCAGAGCAUCGCUACUACGGGGAGUCCAUGCCGUUCGGGAGCAAAGCCAAGGCGUACAACAACUCCAAGUCCUUGGCGUAUCUCACGGCCGAGCAGGCGCUUGCUGACUUCGCUGUGCUGCUCACUGACCUCAAGAGGAACCUAUCCGCAGAGGGCAGCCCCGUGGUGCUCUUUGGGGGCUCAUACGGUGGAAUGCUGGCUGCUUGGAUGAGACUCAAAUAUCCGCAUAUCGCUGUCGGGGCUCUCGCAUCAUCAGCUCCGAUCCUGCAGUUUGAGGACAUUGUCCCUUCUACAAUAUUCUACGAUCUCGUGUCAGAUGAUUUUAGGAGGGAAAGUUUAAGCUGCUUUCAGACAAUAAAGGACUCCUGGAAAGAAUUAGAUGACCAAGGAAACGGGCAGGAUGGUCUUCUAAAACUAAGCAAAACUUUCCACCUUUGCCAGACCCUGAAAACGAGUAAAGAACUUUCAGAUUGGUUGAGCUCAGCGUACAGUUAUUUGGCCAUGGUGGAUUACCCAAUUCCAUCAGAAUUUCUCAUGCCUUUGCCUGCCAAUCCUAUUAAGGAAGUAUGCAGAAAUAUCGACAAUCAACCUGAGGGUACUAGUACUCUGGAACGCAUAUAUGCAGGAGUAAAUGUAUACUACAACUAUACUGGUAUUGUUGGCUGCUUUGAUCUAAAUGAUGAUCCCCAUGGAAUGGGUGGAUGGGAUUGGCAGGCUUGUACUGAGAUGGUAAUGCCGAUGUCUUACAGUGAAGACAGGAGUAUGUUUCCACCUUAUAAAUUUGACUAUGCUUCCUAUGCUGAGGAUUGCAUCAAAAGCUUUGGUGUUAGGCCAAGGUCUCAGUGGAUUACCACAGAGUUUGGUGGCCAUAGUAUUGCUACGGUCCUGGGAAAUUUUGGUAGUAACAUCAUAUUCUUCAAUGGACUUCUCGAUCCUUGGAGUGGCGGAGGUGUCCUGAAGAAUAUAUCUGAGAGUGUUAUUGCUGUUGUUGCACCAUUAGGAGCACAUCACAUUGAUUUGCGUCCUGCGACUUCUGAGGACCCGGAUUGGCUGGUGAACCUGAGAGAAUCAGAACUGAAGAUCAUAUCUGGCUGGUUAUCGGAUUACUACCGGGCGAGAGGGGCACUCUUUCUGCCUGUAGCUGCCAAGGACUCCUCUGCAUCCUAAAGAACUAGCGUAGCACGUUCCAUCUUACACGCGCCCAAUUCCAGUUACACAAUCUAGAAAAUAUAUAAGAGUCCAAGUACAUCGCUGCCAAGAGCCUAAGAGUUCAGCUCGAGUGACAAGAGGUGAGCGCCUCAACAGGUCAAGUCCGAAGCCCCAAGAACCAUCACUGCUACAUCAGGAAGAAUGAAAUAUCUUCGUGUUGAUCAGAUACUGAUUUUGCUCCCGCAUCUUGUGCCGUAUCAAUAAUACUGCUUGUAAUCAGGUGAUGCAUUGGUUGGUCAUGUGAAUAUAUAUGAAUACAUGGCUGACAAGGUAGGAAAACACUAAUAAUGCAGUGACGCUUUCUAGCGGCAGUGGUGGUCAGGUCAGGUAGGUGCUCAGGUGAGCAUAGGCAAUAGGUCUGUCAUGUACUAAUGUGUCGUGCCGCUGUAAAUUUUUCGAACGCGGGGAUACCCUAUUUGCAGUAACGGAAAAUCACCAGACUUUUACAA